UGUUACAUCCUAAAGCAGAUGUUGAAAGGCUGUACAUCCCAAGAAAAGAUGGAGGUAGGGGCCUGAUUGAUGUAGAAACAGCAUUCAAAACUGCAAGAAUAGGGCUUGAUCACUAUCUGAAGCACAAGGAAGGGCAAUAUCCAAAGCAGGUGCUUGAACAUGAAAGAUCUAAAGCCAAAAAUUCAAUAUCCAAGAAGGCUACUAAAUUCAAAAGGGAAGUAACAAUGCCAGAGAUUGAGUACAGAGAAGAUAAAUCUGCCUCUGAAAAUGCUAAAGCCCUGAAACACGUGUUUAAGUCCAGGAUAAAGUCAAUGAAAGAAGAAAAGUGGAAAAACAAAGCAUUGCAUGGCCAGUAUCCAAAGAUCCUAGAGAAGCCUCAUGUAGACACCGUCACCACCAACAAAUGGUUGUCAAGUAAUUUGAAAGGAGAAACAGAGGGACUACUUGUUGCAGCUCAAGACCAGGCAAUAAACACCAGAAACUACCAGAAAGUAAUAUGUGGCCAGCAAGUGGAGAGCAAAUGCAGAUUGUGUUCGCAACAUGAAGAGACAGUGGACCAUAUUGUAUCUGGAUGUGAGGUAUUAGCCAAAACAGAGUACAUUUCCAGGCACAAUAAUGCUGCAGCAUAUCUCCAUUGGAGCAUAUGUAAAGAUCAUGAUAUAGAGAUUACAGACAAAUGGUACGAACACGAACCAGAGACCGCGAUACACAAUAAAGAUAACAACAUCACCAUCAUGUGGGACAUGCCAGUCAAUACUGAUAGAACUAUAACAGCGAACAGACCAGAUAUCAUCGUUAAAGAUUCAGUGAAUUCCACCUGCAAACUUAUUGAUAUGACUGUUCCAUCAGAUAGAAACAUCGCACUGAAGGAAACUGAAAAAAAAUGCAAGUACAAAGACCUAGAACUAGAAAUACAGAGAAUGUGGCAUAUGAAAACCGUAGUGAUCCCUGUGGUUGUUGGUGCGCUUGGUACAGUGAAGAAGGGUAUGGUAGAAAACAUCAAGAAAGUAUCAGAAAGAGCUAAUAUGACAGAGAUUCAAAAGAUCUGCAUGCUGGGAUCUGCACGAAUCCUCAGAAAGGUGCUCAGUGUGUGAACAGAAUGAUUGACUUGAGUGACUGACGCUCUAGGUGCAUGGUAUGCGCCCGGCUGAUGCACAAAAAGAACACCAGCAAAGACUGUGAUAAUAGAGACAAUAAUAAUAAUAAUAAUAAUAAUAAUAAUAAUAAUAAUAAUAAAAGGCAAAAGACGAAAAACAAAACAAAAAAAGUGAACCCUUUAUAACAAGCAUGUUGAAAUCAAAAGCAAAAUUCAAUGAGAACGACCGGCCAAUCAUCGUUCUUUGCCGGCAACAACGCCACUUUCAGUUUUCAGAAAAACCACAAAAAAAAAAAAUACGACAAAAAAUAACAAAACAAAAAAAAAGGACGAAAAACAAUAAAAAAGAUAAUAAUAAUAAUAAUAAUAAUAAUAAUAAUAAUAAUAAUAACAACAAUAACAAUAAUAAAAGGCAAAAGACGAAAAACAAAACGAAAAAAGUAAACCCUUUAUAACCAUUGCGACUCCAAAAGCAUAUGUUGAAAUCAAAAUCAAAAUUCAAUGAAAACGACCGGCCGAUCAUCGUUCUCAUAAAAAUAUAGUGAAAUCUAAAAUGAAAAACCUGUGAGAACGACCGGCCUUCUAAUCGUCUUUUCCUCUACUAAACAUAAGCAUCGAGGUCGUGACGGCCCGUUGAUCACAGAUAUGGCGGGCUAUGAGAACGCCUGGCCGUCAUAUCUUUGACCAGCGGUCCUACAAGUUCAGUCACUGUAAGGCCCUUUGCCUUUUGUUCCCGCUCUUAAAACUCUUGCUUUCUCCUAAAAACGGCUACUUUUGCGCGAAAGGAUGUCAGCAACAAGAUCAGGCCUCAAUGAGUGACCCCAGGACUUGCAUGACUAUAUGGUUUGCAAACAUGUAGUUCAUAGCAUGGAGUUUGCAUGAACCGCUAUAUCUUUACUAUUUUUUGACAUGUUUCUUAAGUGAAAUCUCAGGCGAAGAGAGAUUUUGCACUAAAAGGUAAUAAAUGCUUAAUGCGAUUAAGGAGACCAAGCCUUUGAUUAAUUUUUGCCAGCAAUGUAUUCAACAUGAUUUGUCCGUGUAAAAUCAUAUGAUGUAAAAAUUCCAAUGUAUUUGAAGCUGUUGACAUUAUUUAUAUUGUGGUCGAAGAUUGAUACUGUUAGAGCCAUUUUGCUUUCCAAUUUCCUAUUACUACCUACAAGCAUACAUUUGCUUUUCUCGAGAUUCAAAGUUAUAGCUUGUGAUCGUUUAGCCAUUUCGCUACGGCCAACAAGUCGCGAUUUAGCUUGUCACUGAGUUCUGGGAAGAUGAGCCGUAAUAGUAAAUCACGGUGUCGUCUGCAUAGAGGGACGCACAGCAUCAUUCGUGGGACCAGAAUGCUUGGCAGAUCAUUAAUAUAAAUGACAAACAACAAGGGGCCUAAUAUGCUACCCUGAGGCACCCCGUGAGUUACUGGCAACUCUUUAGACAUCUCAUUCGCACAAGAUGAACGCUGUUUUCGGUCAGUGAUAUAGGAACGAAACCGUUGAAGCGAAUUUCCAGACAAACCAUACGCCGGUAGCUUAGACAAUAAAAUCUGAACAUCCACCGUAUCAAAAGCUUUUGUUAGGUGCAAAAACACGGCUCCACCUAGUCUACCCUGUUCCAUAUUGAGAAGGACUUCGUCGGCAAAGGAUGUCAGAGCAGAUAUAGUGGACAGUCCCUUCCGGAAUCCAAACUGUUUUCCUGCGAGGAAUUUAUUGGCAACCAGGAACUGGUAUAACUUUGUAUGUACAGCUUUCUCAAGAAUCUUGCUGAGUGUAGGCAGAAUAGAGAUAGGUCGGUAGUUUGAUGCAUUUGUCCGGUCCCCUGACUCAAACAGGGCUGUAGUUUUAGAACAUUUCCACCAUUUAGAAAAUUUAACUGAUUUAAUUGAUAGCUUCAGUAACUUAGUAACAGAUAGUGCAAUCGUAGGAGCAGAGUUUUUGAGCAAUUUUGCACUAAUUUUGUCCAAGCCAAUCGCCUUGUUUGUCUCCAGAGCGAGGAGCUGCUGAAGCACAAACGAUUCCUCUAGUUCAGCCAACUGGAACUGAGACAUCGGCAAAUCUGUGCUUGAAUUACAACUCGGCAUAUUUUCAGAAACUUAAAAAGUACCUCAAAUGCAACAAAUGCUCAAAAUGAUGUAUUCAUUACCCUUGUUGCAUAGAUGGAGGAACCAAAUCUUUAUCUAAUAAUCUAUAACCAGCACCGAACGACUCGUAAACUCCAACCGUGGCCAUGGUUGGUAGGUACCUCAUAUAUAGUACGCCAUGAAACUAUAGGACCGCUGGUCAAAGAUUUGACGGGCUAUAAGAACGCUCGACGUUUUUUCGAACAUUUUCAUUUCGAAAUGAAAAAUGAGAUGUUUGAUGACGGCCUGGCGUUCUCAUAGCCUGCUAUAUCUGUGAUCAACGGGCCUUCACGACCUCGACGUUUAUGUUAAGUAGAGGAAAAGACGAUUAGAAGGACGAUGUUCUCACAAGUUUUCAUUUUCGAUUUCACAAUUUUUUUGAGAACGAUGAUCGGCCGGUCAUUCACAUUGAAUUUUGAUUUUGAUUUCAAUAUGCUUUUGGAGUCGCAAUGUUUCUAAAGGGUUAAUUUUUUUGUUUUGUUUUUCGUCUUUUGCAUUUUGUUAUGUUUAUGUUUAUUUUUGUCUUGUUUUUCGUCUCUUUUUUUUUGUUUUAAUAUGUACAUUUAGCCAGGGUUAAAAGCGAAGCUCCUAUUAUAAACUCGAAUUUAUAAUUUAAAUCAAACAAUAAACUUGUAUUCCACAAUUCAGUUAACUUUAGAGCACAUUCAUGUGACUUUUGAGGGAAAGGUUAAGUGAUUUUCGCGAAAAAAUGAUUUGCAAACAGUCCAAGCUAAGAGUGAACUUAAUCUUACAUCGAGUUGAUAGCCUUAUAUGAACACCCAAAAAAUAGCAAUCAUCUUUGAUCACAUUUAAGAGCGAUAAAGGCUCUUGAUCACAGUAGAUUAGGCCUGGAAAACAAAUUUCUGAAAAACAAAUCAGGCCGAAUUUUUGCGUUCGACAAGUUAACGUACUUUACAAAAUCUUGCCAACAAGUCUGGGACGUGUAAACCAUCCUUUUAUACUUUUUAUCCAUCACAUCUGAGGUGAAACAGUAACAUGAGGCGCUGUUUUUAUCAUACAGACCUCGGACAGAGUGCAGUAUUUCACAAUUUUGCAAUACAAAUAUUGCACUCAUUCAAUAUUCACUUUUGACAAGCGCCAAAGACGACUGUUUAAAUUAAGAUUAAUAGAGUUGUACGCUUCAACAUAAUAAAGAAUUUAUUAUGUUUAUUUUUUAUUUUUUUUUUAAUUUCUUCAAAAGCGUUUGAUACGCGCGGCAUUUUGACUACUGCAUGCAAGCGAUGUUUAAGAGCGACCGAAAACAAACGGUACAGCGACUAACAAUCAAUAAAAGGAAAAUAAUUCUGUGAAAUAUAUACAGGGACAACAAUUUUCAUUCACGAAGACAAGUAUUAAAGUGUCUCUGAAAAUCCUUGUUUAUGUUUUAAGCCGGCUUCCCGGUGUUUGCUUUUCUAAAGAUAAACUCGAGGCAAGAAAAUCGCUCAAAGCUUUCUUUUACAGCCAGAAUUAUAACUAAAUAUUCUUCGGGAACGUUUUCUUUCUAUUUGCGGUGAGAAAAUGUCUAAAGGCUUUUUAAAGUUCUAUAAGCUUAUAAUCAAACCUGAUACUCGGUCAGAUCAUUGUCUCAAAUCUUACAAACGUGCAUAAACUAAAUAACGGCCUAAACUACGCUCGACUUCAUUAAAUUAGAUAUACAAAACAAACAUCAAAGCAAAACGAAGCUUACCAUUUGAGAUGCACUGAAAACUAUCAAGUAAGGCCAGAAUCGCUUCAGACUUUUUAACCCUCUUACGCAUCAAGCAAGGUGAAAAACGAAAACGACACCAUCCGAAAUCGGAUUUCCGACUUUGACAAGCGACGUAUUUCUCAACCAAAAACCCAAUAAACAAACUAGCCAUGAAUAACAGAAGACUCUUGAUAGCAGCUGAAUUUCAUUUUGUACUUUCAGUAGAAAAAGACAGUUAAAAACAUCACAAGUUGACACAAAACUCUGUCAGCCUCAGCUGUCAAAGUAAACAGGUUUCAAGAUGCUGCAUAAAUUUUCCGCAUGAACUCACCUGUCAAAUUUUGACCAAUCAGAACAUAAAAAUUUGGACGUAGAGCGUGACCAACGCGUGACCUUGGUGAGAAAAGUCAAAAGCAACUGGCAUGUCUUCCCUGCCUGUAAAAACUGGCUAAAUUUUAGCUUCCGACGUCAGUUUAAAAUCAAAAUUUUAAUUGUGCGGUGCAUAUAAAACACAACAUAUUUCAUAUGAAUUUAAAAAAAAAAUAAACUUGAGCCUGCCAUCAUUUCAAAUAGUAAGUUGUCAGCGGAUAACUUCAAAAAGAUACUAGACCUCGAUGGGUCAACACCUGAGCCCGCGAUACGGUCAGGUGAUACUGGUCAGUGGGUACCCUGUUUUGACAGCUGUCAAUUGAUCACAACACUUGAUGUGCAAUAUGUGUGCAAUAUCAGUCUUCCUGUGCUCCCAAACUGGCUAGAAAGUGUGAGAUUGAACAUUGGGUAGCCUGUGGUGCGGACGGACGGGCGGUCGGUGUACGGUCACGUGAUUACCAAAUUUUCUGGGAUGGGUAGAUUUACUUACCCAUGGUGCUCCGCAGGCGCGCUUCGCGCGCCAGAGCUCCGCUAUUAUUUUUGUCCCAAUUUUUUUUUGUUUUUCCUCUUUUUUUUUUUGUUUGGUUCAUUGUUUUUUUUUUUAGUUUUUAAAAUACUUUCUCUUAUUUUUCGAAAUCGCAGCACAAAUCUGGUCAUUUUUUGGUGAGGAUGCUCGGCCACCAUAGAGGAGUAGGCUUUUAUAUAAAAACCUCUAUUAAUUUUGUAGUUUGUUCUAAUCUAAAUGUACCUGAUCUUGAAAAUUUAUCUAUUAAAAUUCGUGACCCUAACUCAAAGCUAUUUCUGAUGAUUCUAAUGUUUUGUGUGCUGACUGGAAAACGAAAUUGUUGGAUGUUGUCAACUUUCAUGCUCCACUCCGGACCAGACGCGCUAGAAGAAAAAAGGCACCCUGGAUCAAUUCAGAAUUAAAGACAGGCAUGCGCGAUCGUGAUGCUGGCAAAAGAAAAGUAAAGCUAUGGCAUCGAAUGAUCCACACGACUGGUUACGAAAGUUACGAAAUACAAUAAAAAAUAACAUCGAGACUUCUAAAGCAUCUCAUUAUUCCAAUGCUUUUAGUCAAUCUAAAGGUAAUUCUCGAAAAACAUGGCAAACCAUUAACGAACUUACUUCCCGUAAGUUGAAUGGUUCCAUUAUUUCUAGAUCCCUAAGAGACUCUGUUAACAAAGUUAUUGUCCCAUCCCGCGAACUAACUUCAUGAAGAACAGCUUCAGUUAUAGCGGAGCAGUUCUCUGGAACAGUCCGCCCUGUGAUAUGAGAGAGGCUAAACCUUAAAGUCAAUUAAAACGAUUUCUUCAUCUAAAUUUCUGAUUUUUAAAGUACUGUGUACACGGCAUUCAUGAAAAACAGGUCUUAGUUAGGCUAGUUGUAGACAAUUGUGCAUAUUGUUUAGGGUAGUUAGGUUGGGGGGGGUUCGUCCUGGUCCUGGUGUAGUAAGCGCAUGUUUUAUAUAUUAUCAGUACAUCACCCUGCAAAAAUAAACUACAUGAUUUAAAGCGCCGUUUUAGCUAUUUUAAUCUGCCAGCAACCGUUACACCAUUUAUAACACAACUUAAAUGUGUUGUCAAGGAUUUUAGCAGGAUUUUCAGACGUCAUUCUCUCUUUUUUUCAUUUAUAUCACAACUGUUAUUUCAAUCGCAUGGCAAAACAGCCAUUUUAUGCCAUUGAGCUAGAUCCUUAUUUUUGGAAAGGCAACGGGCGUAAUCCUCUCAUCCACGCAUUCUCCACAAAAUUUGUAACGCGUAAACAUUUUAAACGUCCUUUUCAACUUCGUUCAGCUUUGCAUUAGCUCCUGGUAUACCUUUGAUGCUCACAUUAAGGUGGGGCAUAGAAGCUUCCGCGCAUCUGACUCAUAUGAUUCUCUUGAUCUUCACCAUUCAAAGCACUGUCCUCAACAAUGUCCAUCUUUGUAGGCAGCUCUCUUGGUGUACUGAAAUAACACACGGUCAGUAGACAGGAGGUCUUAAGGGUUCUUCCCUUCUGCGCAAAUAGAGAAAACGUUUCUGGCAUCAUUGACUCUUUGAAUGCGGCUUGUGUGGUCAGACACUAGGACAACAAAUCUCUCAAGCACGAGCAUAGUUUCUUGAACAUCUUUUGUAGUUGGCUAAGGGAUGUAAAAGGUUCAGUGGCUUCUCCAUAAGACAUUCUUGUGACCCAGGUAGUUCUCUCGUCCUACGAAAGCUGAUGUCUGAUUGCGUGAUAAAAGUUCAACACCCUGAUAUAGAUUUUUCAUCUCUCGAGAGCCCUGACGGUAUUGCUGUGCUAUGUAAAGAACCAGUUGCGGUAGUAGAAACUAGGGUUACGAUGUUAUCGCGAUGGACACCAUGAGACUUACAUAAAAAUUAAAUUUCUAACGAUGAAACAUUGCGACGUCGAACCACAGAGUUAUAAAUCCUAUAUGCUGUAAUACAGUAAGAGCAGCUAGAUUCUGAAUGAUGUUGCUUGACUGCGUCUUAUUACCAGCUCCACCGGCCCGGAAAGAUCAAAAUUAAACUUCUUAAAGACUGAGGGAUGUGAGGCUUCUUGGCAGUUAAUUUCAAAUGUCCAAUGAACCGGGCUUUUUCCAUGUUAAGGGGGCCCCAAAGAAUGUGUAAUACAUUUGACUGCUUUUGCAAUCCUCGUUGCUUCGCUAUCGGUUUUUCUCUAUGUGGCGUUCUGCUAAACAAUUUCAGCGUCUUCAAUUAAAUCAAGGAGCACAUUACGAAUCACGACCAUCUCUAUGUGGCUUUAAAUCCAAAGAUUGUUCAUGUGUUUACAAUUUCUACUGUGAACUUGCUGUGUAAUAUCAACCAGCUCCUCUGCUCUAGCCUUGUUGAAUUCAUUUUAGAUAGCUCCGAAAACUUGAACACUGGAUCAUUUUAGUUUGUCCACGGAACUAAAAAAAAAAACAGUUCUGUGAGCGCAGUGCCGGCUUAGCAUAUGGGGUCGUUAUAAGUUUUUUUCACGGUUUGAUGUUUUACUCCUGGUGCUACUGGCAGUACAUCAAAGCUCAUCAAGUACUAUAAAAACCAGCACUUAGUUUACCGAGCUGUGAUUUUUCUCUAACGAUGCGAGAAAUGUCUCUUAUAUUCCACCAAGAUUAAAAGUAUAGGUUUUGUGAAUCGAUGUGAAGCUCACGAAGGUUCGAUCGACAGACCAGCCUUUGCACCUGUAGUGCUCUUUUGAGGUAACUCCUUUCUACCGUCAUCAUCUUUUGAUCUCUGUCACUCGCUUUUUCCCUUUUAGUGCUCUCUUAAGCUUAUUAAACUGAUUUUUACUUUAUUUGCGCUCUUUUUCACAACGUAACUUUGAGCUAUAAAAUACCGUUGCAGACAGACGCAACAUUGUUGGCGACCAACUCCCAAAACUGUUGGAAGUUACAGGUUGUGUCCGUUUGCACACCCUGUUGCAUGUUGUUGCGUGUUGUUGGGAGUUGUUGCGCAAAGUCUGAAACCAGUUAAACUUUUCGCCCCAUGCAAACAGACGAAACAUUGUGAAUUGUUGCGCCCGUUUGCAUGUAGCUCUUAGUGUCAGUUGUGGUGUUUCAAAGGCACACAUGGUUAUGUUCAAGGGAACUCUGUAUGCCAAGGCGCAAUGAAUCAUACCGUGAAUCUGACUCUUUUGCACUGAAUCAAAAGGACAUCAUAAUAUUUCUGAAGAAUCGUUUAGGCAUAAAACUCACUGUCUCAGUCGAUUCUGACGCAAUUUUGCGCUCUUUUUUUGCACUAUAAGCUUCCCCAUUUUUCUUUUUCUUUUUUUUUUUUUCUCCCUUUUUUUCCACAGCUCGGCACUUUCAGAAAAAAAAACAGAGUCUAAGGGAGAUAAAUACAUUAUUCUGUGAAAUCUAGAAAUAACUAAAGGUUAGGGAGUGAGGGCAACAACGAUGGAAGAUGAAACCCUUUUACUCCAACGCCGUGCAUUACCCAAGUUUCACGAGAUAGAUGAUCCAAGUACGCGUGUCAGACCCCCAGUGAAAGAAGACCCAAAUGCGAGUGAUCUAGUUUCAUUCUGUGAAUUACAUUCAUCCUUAAUGGAAGUCUAAACGAAUGCUGGCUACAUACAUGCGAUGCAUGUAUAAUAACAACCUGAAGAUUAAAAUUGCGGGCUCCUCUUGUCGCUCGCUGUAAGGUGAUUAAAAAUAGGACCAACUCUUCCCGCACUCUGAAUGUCUCUGUAAGUGUCUCAUGUUUAAGAAAUGGUAAACGUGCAGCGUGCAACCAUGGAGUUAUGGAUGCACGCGGGAGGUUGCUAAGCACGAAAGAAGCGUAAGAGUCGCACGAGGCGAUAGCCGAGUGCGACUCUAGCUGCUUGAGUGCUUAGCAAACCUCCCAAGUGCAUCCAUAACUCCAUGGUUUCACAGCUGCAACGUUUACCAUUUCUUUUAUAACAUAAUCAAAAGAGAAAAACAUUGUUUUCCAUUUGCCUUCAGUUGAGUCAUCGGUGGGAGUUCAUGUAUGCUGCCAUCUGCCCGCGCGUAAACAAAUCAUGUUCUAUGUUUUUCAAACACUUGCCUUUGAGUUUUUCUUUCGCUAAAUCAGCCGUUCUCCGUCUUCAGGUAAAUUGCAAAACGUUUUUUGUUGUUAUUGUGAAUGGCAUCUGUCUACUUGCUCUUUAUAUUAGGGUAAAAACUUUGAGGGAAAACUAUAUCUGCAACUAUAAACACCAACUAAAAAGACUCUAAAAAAUAAGCUAAAACUAAAUAAAUGAAAUAAUUAUCAAGCUUAUUUAUGUGACAAUUUUUGAAAUAAACGUAAAGUAGAAAUGAGAAAAUUUGACAGUAAUUCCUUUAGAUAACAGGUAACACUAAUUUUAAAAAGAAAUUAACUAGCUUUGUAUCGAAAUCUGUCUGGGGAAAUCCAGCUAUGAAAGUCAACUGAAAUUCGCCGACACACAGUCGGCGCUGAAGCUGUUGUUUUUCGACUGUUCCCUGAACGACUGUUAUGAAUGAACACUGAGGAACAAAAUAAUACACACAGAAGUUAUUUUUUGAAAAACUUAUUUGAAAACCCAAAUGUUUCUGUACUUAAAUGAAAUUCGCUUAUUCCAGCGUUAUGUGUCCGUUUAAACUCAACUAAAAUUGUUAAUCGAUGCGAUGAAAACUUCACAACAAAGCUGUCUCGAAUUUGAGCGUGUUUCCUAAAAUAUUUGCUUGAAUUUAGCAUCAGCUUGACCAAAAAGUCAAUAACACAAUGGUAAUUGAUAAAUUUACAUUUCAAACAGACUUUCUCCUCUAUAAAAAACACACACAAAAUGUACCUUAAAUCUUCGCUCGCUCGAUUUUCCUUCAGCCGAUUCUAGCCGCGAGGAAAACAGUGAUUAAUUCAUCCAGGGCAAAUUUGUCGCUUGAUCUUUUGCCUUUUUUUCUUCAAAACGACAGCUUAGUAUUUUCUUCACCUUCCACUUUUCAUCUGUGCAUUUCAUCGGUGUAUUUUACCGUCAGGAGAGGAGAUUUGUUGAAUUUGCCUAAAUUUUACCGCGCUAGCUCAGUUUCUUAGCGUGCACCCACGGGCAAAUGGUAGUGGCUAACUGACCAAUCAGAGCGCGCGAUUUACUUUUGUUAUGUUAUAAUUUAUUUUUGUAGUAGGUUGGCUGAUCAAUUAAAUUCCUAUAACGUGCAAUUCACUUUUAUCAAAGUAUAAAAUGGAACAUCUUACUUUUCCGAGGGUGAAAAACGGCAUAGUUUCACACGCUAGCAAAAAGACCAGCCAUUCCAGUCCACCGUGUUGAAUUUCCCUGAGUAGCCUGGUCUUUUCUUUCUUCCGUAUGUGGUCUUGUUUGUUCCAUCAGGAAGCAUCUCAAAAAUAUUAAUAAGGUGUUUUGGUGUGUCAACGAGAGCAUGCAAAAUAGUAUUGUCUGCUUUUAACUCAAAAUUAAUUCCGCCUUUCAUUACUUAGCCUGCCUCUACCUGGCUUUUCCUUCUGACAAGAAUCAUUUUCAUAAAAUUUCUCGAAAAAGUAGGUAACGGGUAUUUAUAAGGUUUAUCUUGUGCCGCCGUUAAGAAAAUGGGAUUUUAAAAGUUUUUAGAGCGCUUUUCUCCCUUCCUUGAGUCUUUUCCGGACCAGAACAAAAGGGCCAUGACCCCUCCCCCUAGGGCACAAUGUGCCUCCCCCGGCACAUAUUUGAGUGGGGUCCAAUGGCUAAAAAUAGUCGCUACAACUUGUACUAUCACUGUGCCGAGUUUGAUGCUUUUACCUCAACGUGCACAAUUCAGCUAUUUUUUACACCAUAUGGCUGGACUUCUACUGAAAUGGUUUGGUAUUUCAUUGGUGUUUAUAUACUAUAAAACAGAACAUUAUAUGGCCGCUUGGAGAUAAGAAAUGUCUUCUCGUUUUAAAAAAAUAUUUCACUCGUUUGCUGCGCUCACUUGUGAAAUAUUUUUCAACAAUCGAAGGGAAAUUUUGUAUCUCCGCGCGACCAUAAAAUAUCCUCUAUGUAGCUCGCAUUACUAACUUUUAGUUUUGAAUAUUUUAAUAGAGAGUUAAACAUUGUCAUACGUUUCAACGAGUGGAGCAACUACUGCGUAACAACGGGAUUAGACAGAUGGAAGGUGUACGUAGAUGGAACAUUGAGGGAGUCUUUACCAGCAGCAGGUGACUUGCCUUUCUUUGAUUCUAAGAACUUUAUCCAAUUGACGUAUAAUGAUAAUGUCUGAUGAUGAUGAUGAUGAUGAUGAUGAUGAUGAUAAUGAUGAUGAUCAUGUUAAUUUUGAAGAAUGUGGCCGUAUUGGGGCCUGUUUACAUGGAGUUGGGGGACCCCAGAAAGGUGAGGUAACAUGUGGCUGGUCACCCCACCUAUCAUGUAAACGGGAUCAAAUUAAAACUUGUGACUAUAUGGACAGGCGGGUUACCCCACCUAAGCGGGUUACCUCACCUACUUGGGGUUCUCCACCUCCAUACACGCCCUCAGUUCAUCACAAUCAACUGAAUCCAAGUGACUUUACGCUAAAUCAAUGAUAUUACUGUACGAAGAUCCACCCAUGCAAAUCCUCUAAUAACGAAUGUUACUUGGCAUUCUCCCAUUCCACCACCCCCAAAGUGAAGUUAUAUUUACCGUGUGGUUGGGCGAAAAUCUCGAUAAUUAAGGGGCCUUGGAAGCUGCUAUUGCUUAUAUUCCAGAUCGAGGUUCUAAUACUUUUGCAGUUAAUAUGAAUAAACUAUUUAGUUAACAAAAAAAAUAGACAUUUUUUUGGCCAAAAAUCGGCACUUUUGUCCUUAAGAUUUUGAUUUGAAUAUUUGAUUUCCAGUCCCAAACGUUAGAGGUUCUUUAGAGGAAUAGGUCCUUGGAUGGAGUAAGAUUUGAAUCAUUUGAUAUUGUUGAGCAUGUUUUAGGUUAUUAAGUGUGUUUUCUUGAGUUUUUCCUGGUGCAUUUUAGCAGCCACCUUCGGAGAAUCGUUACAUUCAUUUGGCAACCAAGAUGAUUUAAUAUGUGAAAAAAUGUUAUCGAGAAUAACAAGAUGCCAGUACUGAACUGGAAAGAGGGAAGAGGGAAUUCUUAAAUAGUUUUUUAGUAGGCCUAGAGCCUACUAAAGAGAUAUGCAAAGCUUCGCUUUCCUCAACUCAGGUAAUUGGCUGCUCAACAAGCCUUGCGAAUGGAAACCAGUCUGCGUAUAAGGAAUUUUCUUCUACAAUGUUGCACUGAUAGGUCUAGUUGAUCAAUGUAAAUGGGCUAUUGACAAAAAAAUGCCUUUCUGUGGCUGUCCUUUUUAUCUGCACAAGGCAUUCGAUGUUAUCAACAACAAAAUAUUACCAUCUAAGUUGGAAAUGGGUGGCAUAAUAGGGACUGUCGGACACCUUAUCCCUGGUUCGAAAGUUAUCUAACGAGUCAAAAGAAAUUUGUCGUAUGUUAUGGGUUUAGAGUCAGACACUGUAGGCCUAAAUUACGGCGUACCAGAAGGCUCAGCACUGGGACCAUCUCUUUUUUCUAUUCAUUAUGAUGGUUUGCAAUCAUCUGUAGAACAAACCCAUUGUACGGUUUAUACUGAUGAUAGUGAAAUACAUUCGAACACCGCAAGUGCAACUGCCGCUGCAGCCAGCUUAAAUUAUGAUCUGAAAAAGAUCGAUUAAUGGUUGUUUGAAAAUUAAAUGGUGCCGCACCCGAGAAAGUAUGAGACGAUGAAGAUAGGGUCACUUCUGCAAACUUAAUGAAGUAGAUGUUGUAAAGUACCUUGGACUUUUUAUUGAUAGUGCACUGGCAUGGAGUAACUGAAUCAGCUUUCCUAUAUUUGUGUUAAAGUUUACCCUAAGCUUCCCUUGUUAAAUAUCCUAUCUCGUUUUCGCUCUAAGAUAAGAAGGGAUCCCAGACUCAAAAAAAUUUUUUCCUGGUAGUGUGGGCUUCAGUUUUUCCUAAAAAUGGGGUUCUUGGAGCCCGGGCCCCCAAGGCCCCUUCUUUAGAUCCGCCUCUGCUACAUAUCAAAUCAAGGUCAGUCAUCUCUUUUCAGUUAGUACAGUGGAACUUUUCUGUCAUAAGGUCAGGCUUCCGUAUCUGCGAUGUGUUUUAAAAAUACCUAAGACUGCAGUACACCGAUUUAAGUGAGAUAUCCAAUGUUGUGAGAUCUGUCAUCAGUGUGACCAACUAGUCUGCAUUUAAGCUUAUCAAACCUUCGUUUGGUCAGUCACCUUUUGAGUGCUAAGGUGUCCCGUGAAUGGAUGUUGAACCCGGGUUUUAGGACCCAGAAAUAGUGUCCCUUUCGCAGGAAGGUAACAAUUACAAAGAUUAUGUGAACAUUUUUCCAGGACCAAAUUUUGUGGCCCCUGGAUGGAGGUGUCCCUUGGUUAGAGGUGUCUCAAAGGAGAGAUUCCACUGUAUCGCUAAAACUCUUGUUUCCAGCUGUAGUUACUUCAAGAACGGUUACCUGAUCUCAAUAAUAAUAAUUAAAAACAACAUGUUUUUCCUUAACCCUAAUAAAAGAUGUUCACCCUUACAUUGACCCUUCUUUCUACAUAGGAAUUGUCCUCAAGGAAGGCAAUGAAGGCAAAAUGGUAUAUGGGCAAUUUUACAAGGACAGUUACUACAGUUCCGAAAACACUUUUAAUCCUGAAUCCUGCUUCGUCGGAGAAAUGGCUGGCAUCAAUGUCUGGGAUCGUGUGCUGAGUGAAGCAGAGAUAUCAGAAAUGUCCAAAUCAUGCACUUCCGGGAAGGGCAACAUUGUUAGCAUGGCUGAUUUAAAGGUCAUUGGGGGAGUAAAGAAAAUCCCUGCCUCUUGCUAAACUGGCCGCCAUUUUGCAUUAUUACGAAGCCCUUGGGUCAGCUGUAGGGAAGUUGGAGGGAUUAUUUUGGGUCUUUGUAUCAAUCGUCAAUCAGCCGCUUUGCUAUUCUUAUUUGCUUCUUUGAAGUUGGCUGCAGAAAUUUCUAGGAGAGUCGAAAUCAGAAAUUAAAAAAU